UCGGAGCGCGCCGGGCGGAUACGCGUCGCGGCGGCUCUUUGGCCCCCGAGGCCGGGGAUAAAUGGCCGAGGAAGCGGCGAUACGGGAUGCUUCGUUCUCCCGCGGGCUUGGACCGCGCGGGGCCGCCCCGCAAAUCCCAUUUUCCCCGGCCUUUUGGUCUUGUUCCUCGUGGGUGACCGCUGGAAGGGACAUCCAGCCUUCCGUGUCCGCCGCCUCCCGCUCGCCUCCGCAGCCACCCGGGCGCCCGACGGUAGCCAGGUGAUCUAUCUGCUAUCUGUGUUUUGGACACUUCCUCAUAAUGGAGUUCCCUGAUUUGGGGAAGCAUUGUUCAGAAAAAACUUGCAAACAGCUAGAUUUUCUUCCUUUAAAAUGUGAUGCAUGUAAACAAGAUUUCUGUAAAGACCAUUUUACUUGUGCUGCACAUAGAUGUCCCUUUGCAUUCAAGAAGGAUGUUCAGGUCCCAGUGUGCCCACUUUGUAACAACCCUGUCCCAGUAAAAAAGGGAGAGAUACCAGAUGUGGUGGUUGGUGAGCACAUUGAUCGAGACUGUAACUACCAUCCUUGGAAGAAAGAGAAGAUUUUUAUGUACCGGUGCUCAAAAGAGGGCUGCAAGAAGAAAGAGAUGCUGCAGGUGGCUUGUGACCAGUGCCGUGGCAGUUUCUGCAUUCAGCAUAGACACCCUCUGGAUCACAGCUGCAAGCACGGGGGCCGCCCCGUCGGCACAGCCAGGUGUGCAGCUGCCAGAGCCUCUGAACACAAGCUGUCGGGAGCCUUAAACACACUGUCCGCCAGUUGGCUGGCUCAGCGACUCAGGGGGAAAGUAAGGAGAUGAUGUGGCUGUAUCCGCCCGCACUGGCACACAUUAGCUUGUUUUGUGAUUCAUUUUAGCUUGGUAGGCAGCACUUGUGCUCUGUUGCCUUUGUACUUCUCAUGGCAAACAGUCUGAGAUGCCAAUAAGACUUUUCCAGCAAAAUGUACAAAUUUUGGCAAAAUAAACAGAGGGCUAUCGUAUUCUAAGUUAGGCUAAGCUACUCCAUCAACCUCUGCUUCCUCCCUCCUGCCCCCCACAUAAAGUGACGUGAAGAUUGAUGUGGCACACUCAGAUCCUUCAGAGGGCAGCUGUGCCCUGGCCUGAGUCCAUCAAGAACCUAGGGUUCUGGAAGCCUCGGUCACUUGCACAAGCACACAGCUGAUUGCACUCGGUCUUCAUCUUGUGGCUUCUGACAGGCACCUGAGCCCAGGAAAGGGGGGAGGCUGUGGGCCUACCUUGCUAAGGGCCCUUGUUCCGAGGUGGCCCCUGCACACACACAGUCCCUGUUCUACUGAGAGAACAGCCCCGUGGCCACACAGAUUCAAGUGCUGGGCUUACCCUGACGGCCUCGGUCUGAGAGCGCCCCAUGUCCUGUGACCCUGGGCAUUGGGAAACAUGAAGCAAAGUGUCAUUUGAGUUGGGUCCUGAUCUUAACCCACUGGUCAUCCACCUAUACAUUCAGACCUCUCCUUGCUCCUGGAUUAAUAAAGUCCAGGCGAUUAUUCCUGGUGUCAGAGCCUCAAAACAAUGCGGGGAGGGGCUUCUAUUCAGUUUCCAUUCCACAAAUAGGUGAUCAAAACUAUUUCUGUGGGCUGUCUUAAUUGGUGGUGUUUGUUUUCUGGACCAGUGGUUCUCACACUUCCCAGUGCUCAUAAUUGUGUGGAGGGCUCCGCUGAAGGGCGCUGGGCCCCCCCUCCCAGAGUUUUCUGGUUCUGUGGGUCUGGGUGGGCCUUGAGAAUUUGCACUUCUAGCAAGUUCCCAGCAGAUGCUGAUGCUGCGGGUCUGGGGACCCCACUUGGACAAAUCACUUAUCUGCCCCCCUGCUGUCCAGUAUGUAGUCACUAGCCACAGUUUAUGGAACACGGGAAAUGCAGUCGGCCCAACUGGGGUUGAAUUUUUAGUUGUAUUUAACUUAAAGGCAAUUAACUUGAUGCACUUUUUAGAAAACUCUUCAGUAUGGUAUGUGAGUCUUGUUCCAACUGUAAAUUUUAAAUAAAGGUCAACCCUUUCUCAUGGAAAUUUAAUACUCAAAUUGAGAAUCAAAAACACUGAGCUUUGAAGACAAUACCAAUAAAGUAUGUCAUUGUUAAAGUUAUUUAUUUACAUGUUGAAAUGCUAAUAUUUUGGAAAUGAUGGCUUAAAUAAAGCAAUAAAGUUAAUUUUACCUG